GAUACAUCAAUCAUACAAUUACUUGACUUUACAGAUAACGAAAGGUGUAGCAUAAACUGAUUUCAAAAUUUACAAAAUGGAAUUUCUAGCGAUUAGAAUAUGUCAAAAGUGAAAAUCCUAUUUAUUCAAAUACAACUAUGUAUAUACUUGUGAAAUUUAUCUUACUGCACGUGUUGUUGGAUUCUGCAUGUGCGUGGAAAGCACAGGAUUACUAUAACAGUAGAUACGGCUCAGAUGGAAUAAGUUAUAAUGCGGAGGAUGGUAACCAUGGCAUGUAUUCUGAUACAGAUGGAUAUCUUAUCACUAAUCCGUACGGAACUGAAAUCUAUUCCGGAUGUACAUAUAAAAAAGGGUUGAUUACGUCAUGUACAGGAACUGCCGUAAUCUUAGCUAAUCUGCCGAUACCGAACAUCACAGCUGGGACGUUUUCAGAGUCAACACGGACCAUACAAAUGUGGAAUUGUGGAGGGUUUACAACAUUUGAAGACAGGACAUUUGAGAAUUUAACACAACUUACCUACAUGAUGGUUCAAGGCACAGGCUUAAAUCAUGUUCCGGAUCUGUCCAACACGGCCAUUGAUAUUCUAAACCUAGCUGGGAACAGAAUAUCAAUAGACACUAAUAACCAUCAGGGCUGGCAAUUUCCAGAGACUAUUACUAGAAUAAACCUUGCGAACAACCUUAUCUAUUGGAUACCAGACAACAUGAUUUCUGGACCAAAUCUACGAGUUGUGAGUUUUGGAAACAACAGACUGACGCAAAUUCAGCAAAAAAUAUUCAAUGUAACGUCAGGACUUAUGUAUUUAGGAAUGGAUGGCAACCAAAUUGAAAGGAUAUCAAGAAACAGUAUUGCCCCCUUAGCAACAAACAAUUUUUUACAUUUGAAUUUGAGCAAUAAUCGACUGUCUUACAUUCAAGGAGGUUCAUUUAGUCAAUUUCCAUCACUGAAGAUAUUGGAGUUACACCAGAAUUCGAUGAGUUCAAUUAACGUGAACAUCUUUAAAGACUUACAUGCCCUUGUUCAUCUUGACCUGCACGCCAACAACAUAGAACACCUUACGAGUAAAGCUAUCGAGAAUAUUCCAUUACUGAAAGAGCUACGACUGCAUUCCCAGAAAACACCCAUGAAGUCAAUUGCUUACAAUGCUUGGUCUGGCAUUGACAAUCUUAUAGAGCUGUUUGUCAGCAGUAAUGAGCUACUGACAUUUCCACACCAAGUUCUUGGAGAAUCAACAUAUCCUAAUCUAAUAAGGAUGCAUGCUGACUUUAAUCAAAUUGGAAACAUGACAAAAUAUGGAGAAGAGGCGUUCCCAGCAAACCAGUACUCUCUACAUAGACAAAGGCUCAUCAACUUUGUUCCAUUCGCAUCUAUUCCGGCAACACAAUAUUUACGGCUUAAUGAUAAUGGGAUAACUACAAUCAACACUACAGAUUUAUGCGAGUUAAAAGAUCUUAGAUGGUUAUAUCUAGAGGACAACUUCAUUCGUGAAUCCAAAAUGGAUGUUGACUGCUUUGCGUGUCUUCCAGUACUUUACUAUCUAAAUUUGGGCGCUAACUUGAUACAGUAUGUGCCGGAUGCAGUUAAAUCAUCAGAAGUUCUCCCUAGUAUACAAUACCUCCUUCUCGCUUAUAACAAAAUAAAAUUCAUUGAAACAGGCGAUUUUACUAAUUUAAGUACAGUUACACAUCUGUACUUGGGUCAUAACGGAAUCCUAGCUAUAGAAAAUAAUGCUUUUCCAGCAAACGUAAAACAUUUGAGGCUGAACAACAAUGAGUUUCGAUUUCUGCACAAGUACCCUUUCCAAAACCUUACCAGUUUGAACCAUUUGACGCUCCAUAACAAUGCAAUACAAUACAUACCAGACCAUGCAUUCAUGGGAAGUACAACUAUAAGUUAUUUGUAUUUAAGCAAUAACAACAUAGCUCAGCUGAAGAAAAACUUCUUCGAGGAUGCGCCAUUGAACGGGAAUUUUUCUGCCGCGAAUAAUGACAUAGGAUGGAUAGAAGAUGGGACAUUUGCACAUAUAUCAUCCAUGAAUCUUUUAGAUCUGUCAAAUAACAAGCUGACUUUAUUACCAACUGGAGGUGACUUUCACGACCUCUCUGUUUCACUCUGGCUGGACCUGUCCAAUAAUAGAAUAAAUAUUCUCGAGACGGAUAAUUUUAAAAAUUUAGUUCUUGGAGAGUCAUUCUUUCUAUCUGGGAACCAGAUCACAGAAAUUGAGAGUUAUGCAUUUAGAGGUUUAUGGGCCAAGAAUCUUUAUCUCACAAACAAUCCUUUGAGGAAGCUGAAUUCGUACUCCUUGCAUAACCUACAUAUAUCUGAACAUAUAUUUAUGCAUAGCUUGUCGUUUUCAACAAUACCAACAAUGGCGUUCAGUAGCGUGGCGGCGACCAACUUUUAUCUAGGUUCCGGUAUAGUAUCUGAUAUAGAAGAAAGUGCAUUCAACGAUUUGCAGGUUGUAAUUCUGGACUUAAGUGGAAAUAGAUUAAAUAUCAUCGGAAAUCCCAUAUUUGGAGGAACUUCGUACGUAUCCGACAAUUUCUAUUUGAACGGGAACGGUAUGUACGGUAUAAGUUACGACGCAUUUGAGAACUGUGGCAUGAAAGAUAUUUAUCUUGGCAAUAAUGCGUUCACUUUGUUCCCACAAGUGAUUCAAACAAAGCGAUUCGAGAUCAUUGAUUUAACCAACAACAAUAUAACGGAGAUUCCGACUGGGUACCUGGCUGGACAAACUUUCCUUAAAGAACUUUACUUGGGUAAUAAUAUAAUCGAGUACCUAGAAGAUGGAGUUUUUGAAGACUUAGGGGCCAUGCUUAUUCUAUCAAUUGCUAGCAACAACCUGAACACACUACCUGAAGGACUUUUUGUAAACAUGACAAUCCUGGAGGAGCUGUAUUUGUCAGAUAACUCAAUGACACACUUACAUUCUCUUGGUGAUAAACAAAACCUUCAGAUAGUCAAUGUUGGUAGCAACAAUAUUCGGACGUUGGCUAAUUCAGGCUUUAAUGAUCUGACAAGUCUACAGGAAUUAAACUUGGGAAACAAUCCAUUAGAAUGUUCGUGUCAGAUGAUGUCUGCAUUGGAACCCAUUGCUUCAUCUGUGACUUCGGGAACAUGCGAGCAAAACGACCUAGCUUAUGGUGCUUCUCUCGCAGAAAGCUCAACAGGUUCACCAAACCACUUUCUCACAAUGAACAGCACUUUCUUCCAGUGCAGUGGUGAAAAUGUUGUUAGUCGCGACGUCACCCAAACAGAAUUUACAUUGAUAUGGGAUCAGCCGGAAUUUACCUAUUUUAGAUUGAAUGGAAGUUUAAAUUUUCCGUACCUGACAGGACCUGUAAACUACACAGUUAACUGCAGCAGUGCCUCUGGAACAACGUUAACUGAUAUGAUCAUAGAUGACGAGGCUGUAAAUGGAUCGUCCUCUUUUAAUGUAACAUUUGUGGAGGCUGACGGAGUACUACCAGGAACCUCAUAUGAAUGUUCUGUUAAAACUACAAUAGAUGGUCAAGACAGCGCAAAGAGCCCACCGGCAGUAUUCACCACACCUGAUGGAACAGGGACAAUUACACCUGCUGGUCCAAAUGAUAUAGAAGUUGAUGCAACGUUUUACGACUUUAGUAAACUUCACGUGGACUUUGAUGACUUAGAAUAUAUCACAAUAUCCAAUCCAAGCUACGUUGACAGUCCAUAUGGGGCGUGGCUUUCUGCAUCAAGCACACCCACUAGUGAUACAUUUUCAACAUGGUAUAGAGGAGAUGACGUGAAUAACAAUAACAUUGUUAUUGAUGGAUCACUUAUUCUAAGAGCCCAAACUGGAACAAUUAAAAGAUACUAUUCGGAUGCAUAUUUCCCAGCAGAUGGAUCAGGUUUUCUGUCUCAAUCUCAACAAGAUUGUAACGGCCAGUAUCAUAACUUUGGAUUCACGACUGCGGUACGAACAGGGAUUGUUUUUGCAGGAACAGAGAAAAUAACGUUAGCUGGUGGAGAAGCAUUGUGGUUUUACAUUAAUAAAAUCAGGAUGUUUGAGUUUAUAUCUGUAGGAUCAUCAACCAUCAAAUGCUAUGUUAUUAGCCUUUCCAAUGCACUUGCACCAGAUGGUGUUGCGUACGUGCAGGAAGGUACUUUAUCUGGAGAAUCAUGCACAAGUUUAUCAGCAGCAACUAAUAUAAGUCUGCCAUUAGAGAUCGGUGUAACGUAUCAUAUGGACAUCUUCCAUGCUGAAACACGACGCUGUAACUCGGAAUUACUAUUUGAAGUAGAAGAUACGACCUUUAGCCUUGACAAAACUGUUGACCUUCCUAUCGAUUAUUCGGUCUCGUGGAACGAAGAUACGCAGAUAGGAGAAAUCCUAGCGGAAGUUAAUCUUAUAGACGACUUCUCAAUUGGCUCCUACAGUAUUUCGUUAUAUAAAGGUAAUGAACAACGUCGGUUUACAAUUGAGCCACCUUCAUACACGUUCACUGCUUCCCCUGUUCCUGCCCCAGAUUACACAACAAUAACCGACAUAGAAGGAAACACUGUCAAUUAUGUUGCUUGUAAUGCGACAUCACCACUAGUAACCAUGGCUAAUGACGCGUCAGCAGAAUCGUUUUCGAUAUCUUCGACGUCACUGUACGUUACGCUAGCAGACGAGUUAGAUUAUGAAGUCACGAAAGAAUAUUACCUUUUGUUAUCUGUAAUUGAUGACGGUAAACCUUUAACAGGGUACAUAGCUGUCCGGAUCAUCAUCGUUGAUGUGAAUGAUAAUUGUCCAAUUUUAUCUCCGACGUCAUUUUCGUUGACUCCCCAACCCGUGUUACGAGAACCAGCAUUUACCACAUUCACUGUAUCAGAUGCAGACAGUGGUGAAAAUUCUAAUAUCCAUUAUGUUGUUUCCAGUGUUACAGAAGACCCACCUGUGAACUACGACGGAUCAGAAGAUCUCUGGGAUGUUGUAUAUUUAGAAUAUACGUCACUGUUAUUUAAUGUGAUUGCAAUGGACAACGGCACUGUACCCUUUGGUAUGACAGCCGCUAUAAAUAUCACAGUGAGCAACACUUGUGUGUUAGAUGUUUUAUUCGGGAAGAUCAGGUACAUGUUUCAUGUGAAUGACACAACAGGAGAAAUGACAUUGAGAAUACCUGGAUACUGGAUGUAUGAAUUUAAGUGUGAUGACGUCAUCGGAUUGACAACAGGCACAGUAUUAGAUAACAUGUUGUCAGCUUCGUCAGUUUCUAACAAGGAUUCAACUCACGCUGGAAGAGCUCGGGUUAACCAUAUAGAAAAUACAUACAGUCAGUUAGCUGGGGCAUGGGUAGCAGGAGUUCUUGAUACGAACCAGUAUGUUGAAGUAGAUAUGAACAUGCCAUAUCGUUAUACAGCAGUUUAUAUACAGGGUAGAUCGGAUGCUGAUGAAUGGGUGACAUCUUUCAAGUUACUGUAUUUUGAUGAGGAUACAUCAGUAUGGACAACUUAUACUAAUGCCUUAGGCUCAGAUACAUUUGUUGGCAAUACUGACAGAACGACUGUUGUAAGAUACGACCUUGACCCCGUGAUAUUGAGUAACAAAGUACGUGUUAACCCACAAACAUGGUCUGGGAAUAUCGCCAUGAGGAUAGAGUUUGAGGGCUGUCCACAAGCAGAACAACUGUUUUAUGAUGUGAGCUGUCAACGAUGUGAGACUACAUAUUACUGUGAAGGUGAGGGUGUUCAGAAAUUGUGUGGCAGAUGUGAAGAUGCUAACGCCACGUGUAAUAAAAACCCUAUUGAACAUUCGUUUGGGGCACAGUCGGAAUGUUCGCCUUGUCCGACUGGAUGGAUAUGUAAAAAUGGAUACGCAACUCCAUGUGACUUAUAUCACUAUGAAACGUGCACUAAUACGUCAUGUCCGACGUCAUGCACCCAGUGUGAGCCAGGAUAUGCUUGCUAUCUCGGCAUAAGAAGAAUUUGUUUGCCGGGGUCAUACUCGGAUGGGUUUCAAGAGCAUUGUGUAUCCUGUGAUGAAGGUUUUUAUCAAGACUUAGAAGGUCAAAGCACUUGUAAAAGCUGUAGCCCAGGCUUUUACAGUGCGAGACGAAUGGAUGGGUGCGAGAAAUGUGAACCUGAAGAGUAUAGUACAGGAAUAAGAUGUAUUGCAUGUGCAGAUGCCACUGAAUGUCCGUGUCUUGAUGGCGACAAGUGUUAUUCUGAAUCCUAUUGUUAUAAUACAGGAUCAGGAGGGUACGGAUGUACAGCUUGCGAGGCGGGUUUGACGGGUGAUGGUACAACAUGUACAGAUGUAGAUGAGUGUACAGUUUAUCAGCCGUGCUUUCAAAAUCGUUGUAUCAACACCGAGCCGGGAUAUCAGUGUCUAGAAUGCCCAAUAGGAUAUACUGGAACAUUUGAAGAUGCCUACUCUCACGAUAAAUACUUGCGUGUAUUUAUAUAUAGGAAUUUGGAAAAAUCGAACUUUACUUACCAAGAAUGUGAGGACGUGGAUGAAUGUGCAACAAAUAAUGGCGGAUGCGAUCCACGUAUGGAAUGUGUUAAUACUAUUGGAAGCUACUAUUGUGGUUUUUGUUCAGUUGGAUAUAUAGGGACCAAUAGGAGUGGCUGUUACCUUGACAACUUUUGUUUAUCUGGCGCCCAUGACUGCACAGAUUUAGCUGACUGUGUAUAUCUCGGUCCUGGACAGUACAAAUGUGUGUGUAAGCCGGGUUACGCUGGGAACGGAGCGAAAUGUGGUCCUGACACGGAUAUGGACGGGUUUCCGGACAGCGGAUUGCCCUGUGUCGAAUGGGGAUGUCGAAGGGAUAACUGUGGAGUAGUACCAAAUAGUAUGCAGGAAGAUACGGAUGGUUAUGGCUUUGGUGAUAAUUGUGAUGAUAAUGAUGACCGUGAUAACAGAUAUGACUAUGAAGAUAAUUGUCAAUUUGUGGAUAAUAAUGACCUUCUGGAUACAGACGGCGAUGGUGUUGGUGACGCCUGUGAUAAUUGUCCUAAUGACGGUAGCUCAAUAAGCCAGGCUGAUGCUGACGGAGAUGGAGUGGGUGACUUAUGUGAUACUGAUGACGACAAUGACGGAAUUCUUGAUGGCUCUGACAAUUGUCCGCUUGUUGCAAAUGUUGGACAAGAAGACACAGAUGGUGAUGGUGUUGGCGACGCCUGUGAUAAUUGUCCUAGUACAUCAAACUCCGCCCAGACAGACUCAAAUGCUAAUUUCUAUGGUGAUUCUUGUGAUGCUGUAGGUGCAUCAAACAUCGAUGAGGACGGUGAUAGUAUACCAGAUGCAUUUGAUAAUUGUCCGUCGUAUAUGAAUGGCGAUCAGGCCGAUACAGAUAACGACGGCAUAGGAGAUUUGUGUGACACAGAUAUUGACGGGGAUGGUGUUGAUAAUGAUAAUGACAACUGUCCCUUUUAUGUUAACGCUGAUCAAACUGAUGACGACGGAAACCGCGUUGGUGAUAUAUGCGAGGUUGACUUGGAUAACGACGGAGUCAAUAAUCAAAACGAUUCAUGUCCUUAUAAUUCAGCACUGCAUGAAUCUUCAUUUAAAGACUAUUUCACAGUGGAUUUAGACCCUUCACUUUCAACGAUUACCCCAGUUUGGCUUGUGAAAAACAAUGGGGGUGAAGUAAUGCAGACUACUGGUACCGAAAUGCCCACAAUGCUUAUAGGUACCCAAUUAUAUGGCGCGAUUCAGUAUAGAGGGACUUGGUAUGCUGAUCACGAGAAUGCUGAUGAGUAUUUCAGCUUUGUGUUCGGCUAUGCAAAUAACAGGAAGUUCUAUGUUGUGAUGUGGAAAGGCAAACACUAUAAUUAUAAAGAAGACUCGGCAUCUACAUACAAGGGAGGAAUACAAGGAGCACAGAUUAAGCGGGUUGAUUCGUCAACUGGGCCAAGUUCUAGUCUUGCUCAAGCUUUGUGGCACAGUUAUUCCGUUUCCGGACAGACGACUAUGUUGUGGCAAGAUCCGGAUAUGAAUGGUUGGGAACCUCUUACUUCGUACAGAUGGUAUCUUACACACAGACCGUCAAUUGGAUAUAUAAGCUUACAAAUAUACCAAGGAUCUAAUCUUAUCUGUGAUUCCGGAGACCUGUACGAUGCAUCUAUUAAUGGUGGUAGAGUAGGCGUUCUGCAAUUUGGAGAAUUUCCUACAAUCUGGUCAAACCUACAGGUAGACUGUCUAGAACAUACCAACCAUGGUUUAUACUUCGACGGAGUAGAUGAUUACGUUGAAUUAAAUGAUGCUGUAACACUUGGAAUGGCAAACAGCUUCACUAUCGAGACUUGGAUAUCACUUGACACUGGUUACACUUCCGGUCCAUACCCUAUAUUUUGUACUGCAGAAGAGACAAUCUGUAUGUCAAUAGAAUCAGGAAAAGUGGUUGGUCGCUAUGGAGAUUUCACUGUGACGUCAUCAACUUCAUUGUCAGCUGACCAAUGGUAUAAUGUCAUCUUUAGACACAGGAUAGAAGAUGAGACGAUUUCCGUCUUUAUUGACGGAACAAAAAGAGGUGAAACAUCCAGCGUUGUGAUAUUAGACUUGCUUGUCCUAUCAGCUAAUGCAACUGACUUGACAAUGUUCAUUGGAAAAGAUAAUUCUGCAUAUUUUCGAGGAACGAUCGACGAGGUUCGGAUAUAUAGUGAAGGUAUCCAAGACAACGAAUUAACAAGUCAUAUCAGUCUCCAAUCUGUAGAACGUCCUGCUCUCAAAAAUUACGGCAAACUGCAUUUCCGCAUGGAGGAUUCUAUAUUCGCAAAUGCAACAUUAUACAAUUCCGGACUUAUGUCAGGUGCCACUGCAAAACUGAACGGAGGUUCAUUUGUUCAGAGCUAUCAGCAAUACAAUCAGUUCAAGAUAGCAUAUCCAAACAACAAAUAGAGACAAUUUUAUGUAUGAUCAAAGUGUAUAUACAUUAUUAGCUGUUAUAUUAAACGGAGUCGGUCAUAAGCUAUGCUUUUUCUUGUUUUUUUGAUAUCAUUUUGAACAUUUUUGAUAACACAAAAGUCCUAUUUUUUCAACUAUAACUAAGAAUAUUUUCAUCUGAGAACACAGUUAAUAUAGGUAAAUUUAUAAUUGUAUAUACAGAAAUGUUUAGUGUCUAACUUUAUGCAUGAUAUAGUUGAUGUAAACUUUCCCUCUAAAACAAGGUUACUGUUGGCGUUUAAGUUUUACUAACCUUUCUUAUGUCAUUGAGUUAAAUGUUUAUCAAUAACACUAGUAACUGUAAUGUACAUGAAAUUUUAUUUAUAAUUGAAACUUGUAUAAAUUAUUAGAUCAAUGCAUUGUUCAGUGUAUGUGGUCUGAAUCUCCCAUAUUCCUCUCUUUUUAUCGUGCAUAAUUUGUAUUAAGUGUUUUGAAAUGUUAUCAUAAUUUGAAAUAUGUAACACAUUUUCUUAUUUUAAAUGUAUAUUACUGAAAAGUUUCUGUAGAAUUUAACAUAGCUGUUAAUUUUGCUCUUCAUUUUCCCAAAAUAAUAAUAAAAACAAAUCAUAGGCAAUGUUAUAUAGAUCGCAUAUAUUUGCACAAAAUACUUUUGAGAACAAUUUUCAAGUUGACUGAUGUAGGGACUCUGAUUCAUUGACCAAACACAUAUGAUGUUGUUGGCAUUUCUUUUGUUUCUUUUUAUCUGACCAAUCUAUAAUUAUAGCUAGACUAUAUGUUUAAGAAGAUAAAGGCUGCGGGUGAUAUUGUUUAACUACAUAUAAUUGUACUAUUCAUAGUUUGUUAAUAAACCAAUCUUUACGAA